AUUGCAGAAAAAAAAAAAAAGGAUAAAAGCUUAUAAAUUUAUAUCUUGCUUAACAAAUAAUUACAUCAGCCGCCAAAGCAGAUUACAAAACAACAGUGUACUUCCUAUAUCCAUAUACCCACGCAUACAACUGACUAAAGUCGGAUUCCUUGAACCUGCAUGUGAAUUUCCUUGUUGGUCAAACGGAGCAUUUGUACAACAUUCCUGUUGUAAAAAAUAAAUUGAAAAUGAAAGAAAUCGAAAAUCCCAAUUCUAUUUUUUUUUUCUGAGAAGUUAAUAGCCAGGAUUAAAUCCAAAAGAGAAAAGAGGCCUAGUGGCUAUGAACUCGUGGGAUUCUAGAAUUUGAGACGUAGCAAAAUGUGAAUGGUCUCGGCAAAGUAAAUUAGCCUAAGUAACAUUUUUUGACUCACAAAAAUGGAGCUACCAAACGCGCUUUCACGCGUAGAAAACUGUUGAGCGCAGGGGAAAGGGGGAAACUUACUUUUAUUUAUUCUGGAGUGGAAAGUGAACUUGGGCCCUCCUCGGUCACGCGGAAAUGAUUAAGGAACACCAGUGCAUGACAGCGUGAGAAUGUACCUUCCAAUUAUGAUAUGCAAUUCUUUCACACACUCUCUCUCUCAAUUCAGUCAUAUUUAUGUCCAGGAUCAGUAGGCGGAAGCACCAAGUUGAUCCAAAUUUCGAUAUAUUGUCAAAGCAGUAAGUCAAAAACACUUCCAUUCCAAUGGCUUCGAUGUCAACUUCUUCGUCCUCUACACGAUGCUCAUCCAUCUUGGAUGAUCCAUCAAAUCCUCUGUACCUGCACCAUGAAGAAAGCCCUGAUGCUAUGCUUGUGUAUCAACCUCUUGUGGGAGAGAAUUACCCAACUUGGGCAAGAUCAAUGCGAAUGGCAUUGAUUGCCAAGAACAAGUUGGGAUUUAUUGAUGGCACAUUGACUCUCUUAUCUCCAGUGGUUAAAACAUCUUCCGCAAUUCAAGCUUGGAUUCGCUGUGACAAAAUGGUUACUUCUUGGAUCCUCAAUUCUGUUUCUCAAGAGAUUGCUACAAGCAUAGUCGAUAAGGACACUGCUCUUGAAAUCUGGAAUGACCUUAGGGAAAGAGUUUCACAAGCAAAUGGAGCACGAGUUUUUCAAUUACAGAAGGAUAUUGCUGGAAUUACUCAAGGUCAAUCAUCAAUUACAUCAUAUUUCACUCAAUUGAAUGUGCUCUGGGAUCAAUUGCAAAAAUUUCGACCUUUUCCAAUGUGUUCUUGUGGAUUUUGCACUUGCAACUUAGGUCAGAAACUCAAUGAUCUUCAGCAUCAAGAUUUAGUGAUGCAAUUCUUAAUGGGUCUUAAUGACUCCUAUGCUCAAGUUAGGGCACAAAUUUUGUUGAUGGAUCCUCUCCCACCCAUCAAUGAAGUGCACUCUUUGCUAAUUCAAGAAGAAAGGCGUUGUAGUGUGGGAAACAAUUCAUGUCCUCAUGUGGAAUCAUCAACCCUAGUUACUAAGGUAUCUUCUUCUUCAGGAAACAAAAAUAACAAGAACUCUAAAGGGAAAGAAAAGCUCACUUGCAAUCACUGUGGAAUGAAUGGUCACACUGUUGACAAGAAUUCUAGUUCUGCAUCUACUUCAUUUGCAUUCACUCAGGAGCAAUGUCAACGGUUCUUGGCUAUGUUGGGAACUAACUCCACUUCUAUGGCAGAAUUUGUAGCCAACAACUUAGAAUUUGGUAAUCCAACAAUUAGUGAGGAAAGAAUUCCAUCACUCGUAGAGUCUUCAUUUUCCCCAUCAGCCAAGUUGGAGUCUGUUAGUUCUGUAUUGAAUGGAACAAAUCCAAUUCCAGCCAACAACUCUGACACUGAUGCUAAUGGAGCAAGAAGUCUUUCCAUUUCAUUACUCUUCCCACCUGCCAUGUCUGAAAUUGAAACAGAUGAUAGUUGUUCAGAAUCUAAUGAAACACCUCGUGCAGCAGCACAAUUCUCUUAUUCUAUAUCGUCAUGCUUCCCACCAGGUAGGUCUGAAACAGACAGUAGUUCUGAAACUGAUCCUUCCAGCACAGCAAGCCCUGGACGUACAGCAACCUUCAAAGAGAUUCUUAAGCCGAAGAGCAGUAAUAAUUCAAAAUCUAACCGAACACCUCCAAAAUUCUCUCAUUCCAAAAAAAAUGACAUUUUAUCAUUAUUUUCCACAGCCAUGUCACUAACAAACAGUUCCAAAAGACCUAGACACACAAUCCUAACAAGAAGAUUCAAAGGCGUAGAAAUUAUAGUUAGGGAAAAAUUUCCUUUGAAAAUGCUACUUGAAGCCACUAACAACUUUUCAAAAGAUUGCGAGAUUGGAAAAAAUGGCUUUGGCUCACUGUACCAUGCCAUUUUAGAUGAUGGCCGAGAAGUGACUAUUCAUCGUGCUGAAAUUUCAAUGUCUGAGCAAUUUGUAAAUGAAUUCCUACGUGGAGUGGAAGCUUGGUCACGACUCGAACACAAGAAUGUUGUUCGCUUAUUGGGAUUUUGUGAAGAUGGUAAGGAUGGCUUAUUGGUCUACGAGUACUUGGGAUAUGGUACCCUUCAUUGGCAUCUUCACAAUCCUGAAAGUACUUCUCUAAUGUCAUGGGCUGCCCGGAUUAAAGUGGCACUAGACAUAGCCAGAGGCAUUGAAUACCUACACGUGUAUGCAGUACCACAAAUCAUACACCGCAGUAUCAAACCGUCUAACAUAUUUCUAGAUGCCAUGUUGACUGCUAAGCUGUCUAAUUUCAACUUAUCUAUGGAAGCCCCUGUGGACGAUUGGUCUGGUUAUGAAUGUGAAAGGCUGGUGGACACUCUUCGGUACACGGCGCCUGAUUACUUUAUUGCCAGUUUGGAAACCAAAGUUGACGUGUACAGUUUUGGAGUAGUAUUGUUAGAAAUGUUGUUUGGGUGCAAGGUAUAUCAUGCAAAUGAAAAUGAUGAGAAAAGGCUUGUAGUUGAUUUUGUAGCGCCAUACAUUGCCCAAAAGGAAAUUCACAAGAUUUUGGACCCAAAAGUACCACCACCUUCCCCAUUGGAAAUGGAGGCACUGGCAAAUGUUGCAUCCCUAGCAUUGGAUUGUGUAAGUAGAGAACAUGUACUUCGCCCCUCAAUGUUUAAGGUUGCAAACAGCAUACAAAGUGCCUGGAAUGGGAUUUUGGAAGGGCAGGUAAUUGCUGACAAUUCAAUUGCAUGCAAUUGUGAAUCCAUUAGUGAUGCGGAAAGUGAAUUUUAAGAGACUGGCAGAAUAUCUUAAGAGAGUUGUAGCGCAAAGAGGGCACAAACGACAGGGAGCAACUCCCCGCUGAGGGAUAUAGGAAAGUUGUUAGGAAUAGUUGUAAUAGCUAAAUCUAUUUAUUGUGUUUUUUAUUUUUAUUUUUAUUUUUUAUAAAUAAAUCUAUCUGUUGUUGCUAUUUAAAUUUUACAUAUCAGGUUUAUUAGUCAAGCCAAUUCACUGUUGUUUGCU